CAAACUUCUUAAUUAAUCGCUCAUGCCCAUUACGACCAUUUGCAAUUAAUGGACCAAUCGGACUGGUACAGUAAUGCGCAAAAAUACUGGACGAGUGUACAACCGACCGUGAACGGCAUGCUCGGGGGAUUCGCUACGGUGGAUCCGAUCGAUGUAAAAGGCUCAUUAAACUUUAUUGAUGAGUUUGUGCAUGGUGUACGCGGUGUCAACAAUGUCAUGCGUCAAGAACCGGUGAUUAGCAACAAAUAUGCCUGUGAUUGUGGAGCCGGGAUUGGACGCGUGACAAAAAACUUUUUACUUCGUGUACCGUUCCAGCAUGUUGACUUGGUGGAACAGGCGCCCAAUUUUGUUCAACAAGCCAAAGAGUCGUAUUUGCGCAACGAGAUUAACCAGGGGACUGUCAAGGACGUGAAGUGUCAAGGAUUGCAGGAUUUUUGUCCCAACCCGGGAAAAUAUGAUUUGAUCUGGUGUCAGUGGGUGUUGGGCCAUUUGACAGAUGAUGAUCUGAUCGGGUUUUUUAAACGAUGCAUGAAGGGACUUAAGCCGCAUGGAUUAAUUGGUAUCAAGGAGAAUAAUUCGUCCAAGGAUUAUGUCGUUGAUGAGGAAGACAGCAGCGUCACAAGACCCAAUGAUGCUUUGAAGCGUUUGUAUGCAGACGCUGGUUUAGAAGUGAUCAAAGAAGAAGUGCAGCAAGGGCUCCCUGCAGGCCUCUUCACAGUCAGAAUGUACAUGUUAAGGCCGAUCCAAUCAUCUUAGCAUGCGUCUAUCCCUCAAGAUUCAAAAGCAUGGGCGCAAUUGUCCACUCCAAUGUCUUAUUAAUAACUCCCACAACUAUCUCGCGCAUAUUACUAAUCUACACACGAACACAACACAUACUCAUCCCUCCAGGAGCCAUAUAGGUUGAUCCA